GGCGGGGGCGGGUCCGGGGCCGCUCCGCAUCGCUCAGGUUGAGAACCGCGUGGGGUUAAGGAGCCACGGGAAAGGAGCGGAGCGGAGCGAACCGAGACGAACCGGGCUGAACCGAGCCGAACCGGGCCAACCGGGCCGAGGCAGGAUGGCCCAGCCGCGCUGCCGCUCCGUGCUCAUCACCGGCUGCAGCCGCGGCAUCGGGCUGGGGCUGGUGCGGGGGCUCGCAGCCGCCAACCCCUCCCCGGAUUUGGUGUUCGCGACCUGCCGCUACCCCGAYAAGGCGCAGGAACUCCAGCAGCUUAGCAAGCAAUACAGCAACAUCAAGCUCCUGCAACUGGAUGUGGUCUGUGAGAGCAGCAUCAAGAAAGUGGUCAAGGAAGUGGAGGAGAUGGUGGGGGACCAAGGCCUCAACUGCCUCAUCAACAACGCGGGCAUCAACGUGCUGGCCUCGCUGGAGGAGGUGACCGCAGAGACCAUGCUGACCAUCUACGAAACCAACACCGUGGCGCAGCUCAUGGUCACCAAGGCCUUCCUGCCCCUGCUGAGGAAGGCAGCCCAGCGGAGCACUGGGAUGGGCUGUCACCGAGCUGCCAUCAUCAACAUGUCCUCUCUGGCUGCCUCCAUGCAGCUCGUCCAGGCCAACGAGAUGUUCCUCAAGGUCUAUCCCUACAGGAUAGCCAAGACCGCACUGAACAUGAUCACCCGGUGCCUCGCUGCUGACCUGAAAUCUGACGGGAUUCUCUGCAUUUCUCUGCACCCAGGCUGGCUUCAGACAGACAUGGGGGGAAACAUGGCUCCCAUGCAGGUACAAGAAGCUAUCCCAGGAAUUCUCUCUGUUCUGGACCGUCUUGGUGAAAAAGAAAACGGUUCUUUCCUGGACUGGCAAGGGGAAACUCUACCRUGGUAGAAGCACUCAGAGCUGCACAGGAACAGCAUCAGUCACAAUUUAAUUUUACCAACUCCGUUCUGUGUCUCUCGGGUUCUCUAACAUGCUGAAAUAGCCAGGGUGACAUUCAGCCCCUCUCUGGGUGUGUUUGGGAUGCAGGGUGGUUGAUUCUUUCACUCGGCCUUGCUGCUGCUCUGCUCUAAUGCUUCCUGCAAACGCUGCUGCGCUCUUGGGGAUGGGCAUCUCCCGGAACCCUCUGAAACGGAUUCAAACCUGAGAGUGAAAUCCAGGGGCUGCUUCCUUUUCAUUUCCACAGCCAAAGUGGGCUUCUGGCUCUUUGCAGAAUUGAGUGACCUGACCUCAGAGCCAGGCCAGUGCAGGCUGUCAGAUCUCAGUUAUCUCCAGUAAAAAACUCCUUUGUUUUCCUUUGUUCCUAACUGAGCCAAGGUUGAAAUUGUCCAGCUCUAAACCACGGGAAUUUGGUAUUUUUAUCAAUUCUGUGGCAAACUCUGAGUGUCCCCAGGUUGUCCACCUCGCUUUGUUCCCAGCAGGUGACUAACAGCCCGAUCUGGGGGUGGGAAUGUUGUUUUGUACAUAAACUUCUGAAGUGUCUUCAAUAAAAUCUUGAUUAA